CACAGCGUGUUAGGAUAGAAUAUUGUUGAAAUGACUUCUGAUAAGAAAAAGGAGCCUUUCUGGCUUGGUGGUGCUGCAGCUUGCAUGGCUGUUUGCUUCAGUAUGUCUUCUUCAACCAUGGAGAGCUUGACUAACAUAUGAAGCCCACCCUCUGGACCAAACGAAAUAUCGCAUGCAAGUACUCAAAAGCAAUGCCUCCAUGCUCAACGUUUUAUACCGCUUCGCUGCACGCGAUGGCAUCCCAUCACUCUGGAACGGCUUAUCAGCUUCCAUCCUCCGUCAAGGAACAUACUCAACCGCCCGUUUCGGCUUCCACACAUACUUCUCAGAUAAACUGAGAGGAUACACAGGCAAGAAGCUCUCAGUUGCGCAGAACAUCGCCUGCGCAGGUGUAGCUGGCGGUGUUGCUGGUUUAGUCGGCAAUCCAGCUGAAGUUGUCCUUGUCCGUAUGUGUGCAGAUGGCGCAAAGGCUCCUGCGCAGCAAUUCGGAUAUGCUCAUGCUUUUGAUGCGCUGGCGAGAGUGUAUAGCGAAGAAGGCAUGAGGGCGUUCUGGAAGGGAAUCGCUCCGAAUAUUGCGAGGAGUGCUUUGAUGAAUGUGUCUCAGAUCGCUACAUACGCAUCCGCCAAACAAUACCUCCUCGGCAACGGUUUUGGGGAUGAUACAAAGACACAUGCUAUCUCAUCUUUAGCCGCUGGAACAAUGGCGACAACUCUAUGUGCUCCCGCAGACGUUCUCAAAAGUAGAAUGCAAUCUAGCGCUGGGAAAGAAGGCCUAGCCCAAGUUCUGAGCACUGGUCUUCGCGAAGAAGGCCCACGAUUCCUUAUGAGAGGCUGGACUCCUGCUUGGCUAAGACUUACACCGCAUACUGUCUUGACUUUUGUGUUUAUGGAGAAGCUUCGACAGCUUACCUCGAUAGAUUGGUUAGGUGGAAUUACUGCUGCUGAGAAGGAAACUCUGCGUUGAGAAACUCGCAUUCUGGAUUUGAGUGAGAUAUUGAUUUGAGCAAGUAACUUGUUUGUUGAUUUAUGUAGCAACUAUAUACCAACUUCAGGCCAGUAAAGCCAUUCGAAAUUCGUCAUGUCCUCCCAUGACAAUCCCCCAAACGAAGGCUCAAAAUCGUUGCCUGGCUGAUUCAGCGCUUGAACGAUUUGGUCAUCAGACAUUGCUGAGAACUGUAACGGUUCGGGCCAUAACGCUUGCUGAUCCAAAAAGGUUGGAGUCGUAAUUGGUGCUUCGUUAACGAUUGGCAUUCUCGGGUCUGAGAUACCAUCUCCUGUCGCUGCCCUCCUCACGAUCUGCUUGAGGUAUUUUCCGUACUUGAUGGAGAGGCCAUUACGAUGCCGUGUGACUUUUCCGAUCCUUUCCAGAACUGUGGCUGUUUCGUCGAUGAGGUUGCGGACACUUGGUGCCAGGGCUGAUCCACCGGUUGCGUAGGAACUUAGUGUAAGGGCAAAGCAGGCCGCGAAUGAAAUCAUGAUGGCUGUGUUGUUCGGCAUUGACUGCAGUUGUGACUCUCCCUGGAUCGCAGCUCGCAUGACGUUGAGGGCGGAUGAGAGACCAGCCGUGUGGAAGAAACGGCGGACUUCGAGUGGUGCUGUUGGAUGGUUUAUCACUCCACCGUAGAUAGACAAUCGGGUAUGUGUGACGAGAAUUUCGACGUAAGGAGGAAGACGACGAUCUGAU